AUGUCGAGCGAAGCAUCGAAUCUUCUCGAAGUUGCGAUUGGAUCGGCUGAGGCGUCGAUCUCUGUACUCCUUGUACUGGGGUUUGGAUAUUACGCCCAGUAUGCGGGCUGGGUCAACGAUCAAGGAGAAAAGCAAAUAUCACAUCUUUGCGUGACCGUAUUCCUCCCUGCUUUACUGUUCACGCAAAUAGGUCCCCACGCUACCCCGCAUAACCUCAUAGAUUAUGGCAUUAUUGUCCUGCUGUCCAUCUUUGCCAUGGUAGUUUCGUAUAUCGCCGGCAUCGCCUCUCGGCGCGUUUUCAAAUCUCCGAAGUGGACCAUAGCGGCAUUCAUCUUCAAUAACGCUACGAGUCUCCCUCUGCUCCUCCUGGACAGUCUGGAGAAGACUGGUACGAUAGGUAUUAUUAUCGGAAAGGGCGGUGGAAGUGUUUCAGAUGCAGUAACUCGUGGACGUACGUACCUACUUAUUGCUGCUCUAGUCGGAAAUGUAGGUCGGUUCGCUCUAGGCCCGGAUAUUAUGGGCCCCAAGAACAACGACCAUUCCGAUUUCCCCGGCGACCUAUCCGCCACAUUCCGACCUGUUCCAACGGAAGAGACCACCCCUCUGUUGUCGACUGCACGGGUGCACAACACUGCCUCUCGAACUUGGACAACCAUCAAGGAAUAUGGCAAGAGGACCUGGGAAUGGAUCGUGGAUUCAAUGAACCCGCCAUUGGUUGCUGCAGCUAUUGCUAUAGUCUUCGGGUUGAUUUCUCCCUUGCGUCAUGCAUUCUUUAGCAAGGGUGAGCCUCUGAAUGCCACUAUCACCCAAAGUGUAAAUUAUCUCGGAAAGUUGUAUACUGCUCUGCAAAUGUUUGUACUUGGUAGCAAGUUACGCUCCAAAUCUGGUGAUAAACUACCAAUACUAUCAACUUCCGUUCUCUUCAUCCAUCGAUUUAUUAUCAUGCCGGCGAUCAUGAUCAGUAUCGUUUAUUUCCUCCGCUCUACCUGGCCGUCUUACGUCGAGCGAGACCCCAUGCUUGAUUUCGUCCUGUCUAUCGUUGGGAUUGGCCCACCAGCCAUAACAUUGUCAGCGAUUUCUGAAAUGGCCGAGUUAGAAUCGCGCGAAGAUGCCCAAGUGUCUCGAUUGCUCAUGCUAUCGUAUAUUGUGACCCCGUUCAUCUGUGUGCCUAUUUCGGCCUCCGUAUACGUGAUUGGGCUUUUGGGGCUCGCAAACAAUUAA